AUGGCGCCUACCGGCCUGAGUAGCAAGGGAAAGGCAACGAAGCCCGGCUCCAAGCCCUCGCAGACGCCACGCAGCCGCAAUACGACGCCGCUGCCUCAUGUACGCGCUUCGGUCGAAGCUUCGUCGACAUCGUCGUCGUCGUCGGCCUCGGCAUACUUUGGCAACCGCCUGAGCUCCUAUCUGAAGAAGUCGGAGACGACUGUCGAAGAGGUGCUGGAGAGUGGCGGCAAUGGCUCCCAGAUUCCCUCGGGCAAGCAGCUUCUCGUCAUGCGCGACCACGUCGAGAAGACGGUCAUGAAGAACGCAGAGGCUCGCUGUACUCAGUCCGAGGGCGCACUGCGAGAGCUCAUGAGCCUGAAGAAGAACAGGGCGCCGCGCGAAAGAGACAGGGACAAGGCUGGCGAGGAUCGCGAUCGCAAGCACAAGCUCAAGAAAGUGAAUACAAAGCAAGACGACGACAGUAAGCACCCACCCGUCAUAGGCGCCCAUGGCGUCGCCAGGCAGGAUGGAGGCGACGCAAAAGAGCCUACUGCUACCACUCUCACCACCGCCUCCACCACACUUGUCACAAUGCCUCGCAGACGCCGCAGCUUGAUAGUCAAGCUCAAGGUCAGAGGCUUCGACACAUUUCUGACUCAGCCCGCAGACAACUCGUCGGCCAUCUCGUCCCCGAUAUCCCAAGCCCCGCCCUCUGCUACCGGUACUGGCCCAGCCGACGCCCCAUCACCUAGCGGUUCCGAUGUCUCCCACCAGCCUGCGCCUGCGCCCGCCGUACCACAAUUCCAGACCUUCGGGCCUGACCCCGCAAAGUUCGAUGACCCGACCAUAUACCACAUUCGCGAAGUCACCCCGGGCAUGUCAAUCGAGGAGAGGAAGGAGAUAUAUUGCGUCGCCGAGUUCCCCCAGGAGGAUCUCCGCGACAAAAUCGCUGGCUCUCCGCCAGACAAGGACUUUUCAAACGCAAAGCCGCCAUCGCAGGUCAAUGCCACCGUCUUUGCCAACUACGUCGAGCCGUACAUUCGCCCGCUCACCGAGGAGGAUGUUGCCUUUUUGAAGGAGCGCGGAGAUCGCGUAGGGCCGUUUGUGCUGCCUAGGCGCGGCCAGCGACACUACAAAGAGAUAUGGGCUGAAGAAGACGGGGCCAUGCACAUUGACUCCAACGACCAACACCCACCACCCAACGUCCCUCGGGGUGCAGCAGAAGACAUAACGGAUGAUAAUCUCGAGACAGACCAGGUCUCUGCGGGCCCCCUACUGUCGCGCUUGUUGUCUACGUUACGACCAGAAGGACGCGGCAAUCAAAACAGUCACAACGAGCAGAAUGGAGUAAACGGAGAUGCUAUGGACAUCGACGAAGGAGCAGGAACACAGGCAGACGCGACCAAUACGAACUCGCUCCCCGCGGCAGCUCAACUUCCAGACCUCGUACAGCCUGGCUGGAAGGCUUCUUCGCAAAAUGCGCGUACCGAUUACGCGGGCAUGGAAGACCGUGUGCUCAUGGAGCUCAAGCACUAUGGCUUAAUCUCAGAUGCAGAUGCAGAAUCACAAUCCUUCGACGCCCAUUUUGAUGACGAGGUUGCGGCACGACUUCGAUUCCUGCAAGAAGAAUUGCGCAAACAAUCCAUCAUCAACGGCGCGCGGAAACAACGUCUCCUCGAGCUCACCGAAGAGCGCAUAGCUCAGCAGGAGUACAACACGAUAGCAGACGAUCUCGACAACCAACUCAACGCCGCCUACCUCAAGCGCAACCGCAACAUCGGCAAAGGCAAGAAACAAAACAAGCGGCCUGGUGGUGCUGGAGGUGGGAGCCAUCCUGUGGCAAACGCUGGCAUAUCAAGACCGGGCGUUGGCGAGCCCAUUCGCACACUCAUGGAAAGGAGACAACAAUGGAUCAACACCAUCGGACCUGUUGUCAAUUUCGGCAAGACCGGUUUACCGACUGAGACGAUAUUCGGAGAGGAGAAGAUGAAGGAAUUGGAGAACAGAGAGGUGGAGAUUUGGAACACAGAAGCCGAAGAAUAGAACUCUGAAGCAAUCAGGGCAAUCAGGGCUCAAGUUCCUAGCAAAUCUAGUGAUGAUCAAGGUUAGCAGUAGACGGCGUUUAGUUGAUAAGCGCCAUAGGCAUCACUCUGCCAUGAAAUCGGUGUGGUUAUCAUGUGUUUUUGGCCUGGUGGCCAUGGUCUUCUGCCUGGCAUGUGUUGGCGUUUGUGGUCCAUUAUGAGGUACCGGUAUUCCAUGCAACUUCGGAGGUUGCAAACGGACAUUAGGCAAACGGAUCAGGCGUUAGAUGGCGGGUUGGUCACACGAUAUCAUUAACCAGUACACGGUCUACUUCAGAUGUAUGCAAUAUUCAUACAGUUA